AGAAAGGUUGAUUAAACAUGAUAAGUGUGUCCUAUAAAUAAAAAUGUUAUUCGACGGCUUAUUCGCAAUGGAAGCAAAAGGAUGGUUUGAAACGAAGCCAACAGAAACAGCUCUUCGACUUGUUGGUUGUGCAUCAUCUUAAAAGACAUAAAAGCUUGCUGGAGGCUAUGACAGAAAAUAAUGCAUCGGAGCAUGGAUUUCAGGAGAAAACACAAUAUCUGGCGAAUCAGGAAGAGACUACAGAUGAAUUUUGCUCAGGAUUUCCUCCGAAACGGUAUGUUUUCUCUAUCGUGGGCUUUCUUGCAUCGACACUCGCCAUUUCAUUAAAUACGAACCUAAGCCUUGCCAUCGUGUCUAUGGUCGACAGAAGCAAUGAAUCCUUAGUGCCUGUCAAGAGCUCUAACGAAUGCUUGACGGAAGACGUUAUUCACUUGGAGUUGUCCAAAAACGAACUAGCAAUGGGUCAUGCUGGUGAAUUCCACUGGAGCCCUGAGAUAGAAGGCCUAGCUUUGGGGGCAGUGUACUACGGACAGCUGGUCGGGUUUCUACCAGGAGGACGUUUAGCCGAACUUUAUGGAGGAAAGAGAACCCUAAUCGUGUUCCUAUUGUUAGCAUCAGUAUUCACAACUUUGAUCCCAGUAGCGGCUCGGUUGUCGGUAGUCGCUUUCAUCGCAUGUAGAUUUCUCGUCGGAAUUGGAACAGCACCAGUUAUUCCAGUUCUGUUCUACAUGAUAAGUCGAUGGAUUCCAGAAUCAGAACGAAGCUUCAAUGCUUCGUUCAUUCUAGCUGGAUACGGGGUUGGCGCUUUCCUAUCCUUCCUGACAGCGGGAGUACUCUGUGCAUCGAGUUUUCUUGGAGGAUGGCCAUCAGUAUUUUACAUUGGCGGUUUGUCUGGCUUUUUAUGGUGUCUACUAUGCUACAGUUUGAUUUAUGAAACUCCGAAAGAUCAUCCAACCAUCACUUCAAAGGAAUUGCAGCAUAUUUCUAGUAACUUGGGACCUGCUGAACAAAAGCAAAUAACAUCUAUUCCUUGGAGAUCUAUUGCUACUUCUGUACCAUUUUGGUCACUGGCAAUUGGUUAUUUUGGGCAAUUCUGGAUAUUAGGCUUCUAUUCAACUACUCAAGCCCUCUACAUGGGGACUAUCUUAAACUUAGAUAGCAUAACGAAUGGUGAGCUAUCCUGUUUGCCACCUUUAACUAGAGGAAUCUUUGCUUGCAUUUGUGGGUAUCCUGCUGACUGGGCCCUCAAGCGAGGUUACAUUUCAGUGAAUUUCAUCAGGAAAGGAGCCACUCUCAUCAAUUCCAUAUUCUCUUGCACGGGUUUUAUAGCUAUCUUGCUAGCUGGGUGCGAUCCUCUCCUAAACACAAUUUUUUUCACGGUGGGUGGACUGUUGGGAGACUUUAUCACGUUUGGAGUUUGCAUGGCAGGAGUAGAUAUAGCUCCAAACCUCUCAGGCACUAUUUCUGGUAUUUUAAGUUUCAUCGGAGUCAUUCCAUUUUUCGUCAUUCCAGCUCUUGUGGGAUGGUCAACGAAGCAUGAGCGUUCCAUGGCACAAUGGAGAUUUGUGUAUUAUUCCACCAUCGCUGUCAUUACCAUCACAACAGUAAUUUACCUUUUGCUUGGAACCUCAAAGCCUCAGAUUUGGGGGACAAAUAAUACAAAUGAAGAAUUAACGGAGAAAAAUGUUGACCACAGAAAAGACAAUACAUGAUUAUUCUCUUGUAUUUAGAAAUUGUUAAUUUUAUUUUUGUAUUAAAUAUUUUAAA